AUGAGCGGCUCACAAACCUCCGGUUUUGAGUGGGUAGCCACCCUCUGGGGCCUCGAGCCUCGGUGGACCAUCGAGUUUGAUGAAGACGCCAUCCAGAAGACAGUUCAGCUCGGUCUCCAGCGGCAAUCCCCUGAUUCUAUUAAGCUCUUGGCUAAGGGUACUUUCAAUAGGGUCUACUCUGUGGGCACUGAUAACCCAGCGGCUGUGAUUCGUAUCAAUCAAAUUGGAUUUGAGUGGAUUCUUAUGGAAAAGUUGGCAGGGAAGACUCUAAGCGAUGCUUGGAGGGAGAUGGACUUUACCGCCAAGGAACAUCUUGUUCGCCAGGUUGCGCAGUUCUAUUCCGACACCUUUUCCCAUCAAAUGGAUACUAUCGGAAGUCUAUAUGAUAGUUCUUCCUCUGAAGGCCAGACCAUGCACAUCGGAAAAUCAACAUCCUUUGGAUUUUAUGUUAGAGACCCCAAAAUCCAAGUUCACCGAGGCCCCUUUACUUCAUGCAGGGACUGGAUAACCGCUCUGAUUGACGCAGCAGAGGCAGACUGCAAGUACCGCCUCGAACUAGCCCGCUCCGAUGAUGAGGAAGGGGAGGACCCCGAAGAUCUUGAGACGUCACUCAUAAUCAUCGCUAAAUUGAGGGGUCAAAUCGUCAGCUUCUUUCCUGAGACAAGCCCGGAACCAACAAUUAUCAUGCACGACGAUAUGAACAAGCAGAAUAUCAUCGUUGACGCAUCAGGGAGAUUGUCCGGUGUGGUCGACUGGGAAGGGACAUCUGCCUGCCCCCUCUCCAUAGCCUGCCAGUACCCCGGUUUCUUAGAUGGCAAAGACUGUACAACCAAGCCCGUCAAGAGUUCCUACAUGCACGACGAAGAGGGGAAGGUCAACGAACUCUAUUGGGAACACUUGGAGUUUUGGGAGCUCCAUCAGUUGCGAAUUUUAUUCAUGGAUACUAUGCAGGCUUUACAGCCUCGUUGGGUAGAAGUGUUUAACAAGAGUCAAAGGCAGAGAGACUUUUAUAUUGCUAUCUGGACCUAUGAUAAUCCCUUAAACCGGAAGAGAUUAUUGAAAUGGUUAACUGAUCUCGAAUCAGGUAUUCCAGAUGUGAUGGGGCUAGAGGAAAGAAUUCACAAUAGCAUCUUGUAG